AAAAGGAAGUGUUAAUUUCAAAGGAACCGAUCUCGGUUGAAACUCGGAGGAUUAUCAUGGCGUUGGCAGUGUGAUUCGAUUUAACAGUUGACACAAUUCUUAAGUUUUCUUCUUCUAACGUCCUUCGCUGUUCUCUCCACUGCGCAUCGGUUGUCAACUGCCGACCCUCCUCAUCCUUUUCCAAAUUUCUUAGUCUAAUCUUCACUGAAUUUAGUUCAGGUGAUCGGAAUUUCGGCUUGCUUCUUGUCGUCUCAUCAAAUUGUGUUCUGGGUUUGCUUGAAAUUUGCUUUCGGAAUUGAGGAUGGAGCAGUCUCUGUCAUCAUUGGCAUUCAAGGGUUCCAUAGGUGAAGCAAUUCUUGAAUCCAAAAAUCAGAGGAAACUAUUUGUGGUUUUUAUUUCAGGCGAGGAUGCUGAAUCAAGCAGUUUGGAAAGUUCCACUUGGACAAGCUCAAGAGUGGCUGAGUCAGUGUCAAAAUACUGCGUUUUAUUACAUAUUCCUGCUGGAAGCACUGAUGCUGCUCAGUUUUCGUCAAUAUACCCACAGAAAUCUGUUCCAUGUAUAACUGCUGUUGGAUACAAUGGUAUACAACUUUGGCAAAAUGAGGGCUUCAUUGGUGCUGACGAUUUGGCUUUCAAUUUAGAGAAGGCGUGGUUGGGUCUUCAUAUCCAGGAAACUACGGCAUCUGUUUUGACUGCAGCCCUUGCUGCAAAGAAUUCUGAGGCAUCUACUUCAAGGCCGUCUGAUUCAGGGAGUUCCUCUUUGGCAGCUGUUUCUCCUGCAGAUGAUCAUAUUGGUUCCUCAGAAACUACUCUGGGAGUCAUUAAGGAGUUGGUAGAGGAGGAGAAAGGGCCUGAACAAUUAGUCAAGCAGGAAGACAUAAAAGCAGUUGAUAAGGAGUCCAAUGUACAACAUUCUGUGAGUGUUCGGAACGAUGAUGAAUCCCCUGAUCCCUCUGAGAAAGAGAAUAGUUCAUUGGCAGAUCUUGGAGACCUGCAAAAAUGUUCCACUGAACGUACUUCCAGUACUGUGCAUGACUCUUCUAUCUCUCCAAGGCUUACCGAGUCAUGUCAAUCAGGAGCUUCACAACCAAUCUCUUUAGAAGCCAAGAAAGAUGUCCAAGAGGAAAAGAACGGAAUUGUGGAUCAGAAUAACGCUUUUAAAAAUGAGAGUGUUCGUAAAGAUUACACGUCAAGUGAUGUUCAUUUAAACAUUCGGUUGCUAAAUGGUGUUAGCCUCCAGGAGAAGUUUCCCAAGACGAGCACCUUGAGAAUGGUCAAAGAUUACGUGGAUAGUAGCCAAGAAAGUAGCUUUGGGUCUUAUGAUUUAGCCGUUCCGUAUCCUCGCAAGGUCUUCACUGAUGAAGAUUUGGGCAAAUCAUUAUCUGACUUGGGCCUAUCUAACAGACAAGCAUUGAUUAUGGUUCGACAUCAGGGAGUUAGUAACGAUUUCAGAGGGGCGUCCUCCUCCUCAGAUCAAAGAAACUCUGCAGCCAAUAAUGCCUCUCCAGAUGAAAAUGGUGAUGGAUAUUUUGCAUACGUUAGAAGGAUAUUAUCUUAUGUGAAUCCGUUCUCCUAUCUUGGUAGAGGUGCCAGCACAGAAAGUUCCAGACAUGAAACUCAAGGAGACGUGCGACAGUAUAGUAGCGAAUCUUCGAAUUCAGAGAGUCGUUAUGCCUGCCAACCAAACCAAGGUGCUAUGGUGACGGGUGGAAACAAUACCCGAGGCAAGCAACCAUCGUCUACAUCUAGAUUUGGAGCAAAUAUUCACACGCUGAAGCAUGACGACGACGAAGAACGAUUCAGAGGUCGGAAUUCCUUUUGGAAUGGUAAUUCUACUCAGUAUGGUGGUGACGACGAUAGCAAAUGAGCUCUGCCCUAUUAAGGCAAUGUUAGAAACCAGAUUGUUUCUCACUGCUAUUAGAAACUUAGGUGCUAUAUAGGUGCUAUAUAUAUAUAUAUAUGUGGAAUGUGACCUGAAACUGAUAACUGAGAACAAAAAAGAAGCACUGUCAAUAUCCAAGUAAAUAAGUCUAUAUAUAUUGGAGGCGAGGUUUAAAAUGUCGAUGUUGAUAGAAAUAUUGAGAUUUUAAUUUUAUGAAAGUAUUGAUGGAAA